AGAUAGAAUCACCAUGUCGUCUGCACUAUUGCCUAAGCCUCAGAUGAGGCGUCUUCUGGCCAGGCGGAUGAAAUUUCAUCUCUUUGGGGCAUUUUUGGUAUCUAUAGGAUGUGCUGCUUUGUACAAGUUUGGUGUUGCUGAACCCAGAAAAAAAGCUUAUGCAGAGUUCUAUAAAAACUAUGAUCCCAUGAAGGACUUUGAGGCCAUGAGAGCUGCUGGGGUGUUUCAGUCUGCACCUCCCAAAUGAUGGUAACCUGCAUGAACAGAUUCCUUUCAAUCUGAGGAGACUUGAUGACUGAACCUUACUUGUUCACUGAAUUAUAAAGU